AGAGCCAGAUUAAAAUUCAGGAAGCCGAUUUCCGUCCACAUCCCUAAAUAUGGUGAUCAACCUCUGCCUUCCACAGUUCAAGCCAAGAAUUCACUGCAACAAGAUUUCCGCCGACGGCUAUGAAGUAGAAAACCUCAUCUCCGAAGACCCCGUCAAGCGACACCGUGGCUUCCGCUGCGAAUACUUCAUCAAGCCGCCGGUGCAGGUGACGAUUUCUUUCCCCUUCAAUGUGGAAAUCUGCCGGAUUAACAUCGAUACUUCGUCCGGCUCGUGCCACAACAUCACCGGCUUGGAUAUUUAUACUGCUACCUCCUCCAACAAGGCCUGUUGGAAUAGCCCGGAGCCCCUUUUCUCUGCUCCGUCCGGCCAGCCUCCGGCGUCGGACAAGGAGACCUUCACCCUGGUGGGCAAAGCCGUCUUAAAGAAUCAAAGCAAAGUGACCUUCGGCCAUCGUGGCUUCCGGCCCAGGCCUCCCUUCCAUCACCAAGCCGACCCUCUCCUCUCCUUUCCCGGCUCCGCCUCUUUGGACUUAUGGAAUAAAGGCCCGGCUUCCUUAAGCAGUGUCACCUGGCUGAAAAUCUGCAUUGCUUACGUGGCGGGUAGCGGGCUGCCUUCCAUCAAGAGAGUUGAGGUCUGGGGCCAACCGUCCAAGUCGUGCUCUCACGACGUGGUGGACGAUGUCCUCCGGGUCGCCACCAAGUCCUCGUUGGAUGCCUCGGACAGUCAACUCCCCGCCCUUCCUCUGCCAAUGGAGAGUGACACGGGGCCCGACUCCCGGGAACAGAAGCUGGUGGAGGUUCUCCAGGACAUCCCGGAAGAGUUCCUGGACCCCAUCACGCUGGAGAUCAUGACCCUGCCCAUGCUGCUGCCCUCCGGGAAAGUGAUCGACCGAGGAACCCUGGAGAAGUGCAACCGGAGCGAGGCGACUUGGGGGCGUGUGCCCAGCGAUCCUUUCACAGGGGUGGCGUUCGGCCCGCACACGCAGCCCCUUCCCCACCCGUCGCUCAAGGCGAGGAUCGACCACUUCCUCCUCCAGCAUGACAUCCCCGGCGUCAACCUGCUGGGCCGGAGCCGGGCCUCGGGGACGGUGGUGGCGUCGUCCCUCGCCAUGUCAUCGCUCAAACGGAAAAUCGAUCUGGUGGACCAGAACCAGGAGGGAGUCCCGGAGGGCAGCCACUGUGCGGCGGUGGACUUCGCCGUGGCGUCCAGUUUGGGGUUCCACGCCAAGAGGGUGAAAAUGGAAUGGGAUUUGAACUCGUCCCAGAUGGAUUGCUCCACAGGUAUCCUGAGCCUUCCGGUUUGUAAACUUGCAGGGGGUGGUGCUGGUGGAAACCAUCCUGUGGGGGAGAAAUGUUUAUCUGAGUAUUGGUUUAAUAUUCUGAAAUCGCUUCAGCUGUUGGUUUCAGAAGCUUGUGAGUCUUUU